UAGCUUUUGGCCUCAGAAAAUGAGCCUUAAUGUAGGCAAAUUGAUUAACGUGAUUACGUAGUGAGUCGCAACGCAACGUGUCCCUGUUCUGUUGACUGGGAAACCCCUAGCGCGGAGCUGCCAACGCCCGGCGUAAAGACACAAAUAGAGGAUACGAUCUUGAAUGAGUAGCAAAGACUGUAACACACAGCUAUGCAGACCAUUAAGUGUGUUGUAGUUGGUGAUGGUGCCGUGGGUAAAACCUGCCUGCUCAUUUCUUACACCACAAACAAGUUUCCCUCUGAAUAUGUACCUACGGUGUUUGAUAACUAUGCUGUAACUGUAAUGAUCGGAGGUGAGCCCUACACUCUGGGCUUGUUUGAUACAGCAGGUCAGGAAGAUUACGACAGGUUACGACCUCUGAGUUAUCCCCAGACAGAUGUCUUCCUUGUCUGUUUCUCUGUCGUGUCCCCAUCGUCCUUUGAAAAUGUCAAAGAAAAGUGGGUUCCCGAGAUCACCCACCACUGUCCAAAGACGCCUUUCCUUCUAGUUGGGACUCAGAUCGACUUGCGAGAUGAUCCCUCCACUAUAGAGAAGCUGGCUAAGAACAAGCAAAAGCCCAUUACUCCGGAGACAGCCGAGAAGCUGGCAAGAGAUCUCAAGGCUGUGAAAUAUGUGGAGUGCUCAGCCCUCACACAGCGAGGGCUGAAGAAUGUUUUUGACGAAGCUAUCCUAGCUGCCCUAGAGCCGCCCGAGACGCAAAGAAAGAGGAAAUGUUGUUUAUUUUAAACUUUCUGUGCCACAUUGCUCAUGUCUUCUUCCUGUCAUUGCUGUUUAUCCGUUUUUCCUUCCUUUACUCCACUUCUCUCCUCCUUCCCAUCUUCUCUCUCUCUCUCUCUGCAUUUGCUGCUUAAAACUCUCAUCUGUCUCAAUCUCAGCCAUCUAUUAACAAAUGUACCAGUUUGAUACUCACACUGCUGCUCUACUCUGCAUUAAGAUUGCGUUUCUAAUCUUUGUUCUGUGGCUUGUUAAACUAACCAAAGGCCUUUCUGCACUUAAAAAUACUUGUUGCCUUUUCUAAUUUGGUUUACUAGGCAUUAUAUAUUCAUAUUUUUCUUCUGGAUUAGUGUUACCACCUACAUCAUUUCACGUCCUAAUUCUUGGACCACUCUGUGUCUUAAACUGUUUUCACACAUGAACUCUGGACAGUCAAACACAGUUGUCCUUUCUGGAAUGAUAAAUUCUGCACACAGAUACCUCCUUCAUUCUAACAUGGCCUCAAACGCCACCACGCCUCUGAAUUGAGCUCAUUCUAAAAGAUGAGAUUAAACAUUAUUGUGUGUGUAUUUAAGAGCCACUGAAAAUUUAUCGCAGUCAGUGACCACAUUUUUUUUAAACGUGUCACUUUCUGUAGUCUAUAGUGGUGCAGACACAUAAUGCUAGUGUGCUGAAUGUGGUAGCACCAGCAGUUUUCUUUCCUUUUUAAAACACAAAUGGAAAAAGAAGAGCAAAACUAGCUAGAAAAUACAAACUGUAAGAACUCACACAUCUGUGCAGUGCUGCUUACUCACUGCUGUCUGUAGACUCUUGACACAGUCUACAGACAACUUUCCACUUGCUAUGUCAGAGUGCUACAGGUCAUCCGUUUUACUUUGCAUGUUGCUUGUUCGUAAUUUCAAAUCAAAGAGAAAGCAGAAAUAAGCCUAACACCAAUAUUAAAAUCAUACAAUAAUAAAAUGUGAAUAAAUAGCACAGCAAGAGCAGCAGCUGUGUACAUUGCCAGUCAUUCACACACUGUGUUGAAACAGCGGGGUCGGUAAAGCUGGUUCAUUGUGACACUGUCUGAAAGGUUCGUGUGUGAAAACGUCUUGAGUUUUGCUCAUUAACAAGACCUGUGUCUAACAAUAGGUGGCUAGUGUCUAGAACAGGGGUGGGCAAUCUCAGUCCACGAGGGCCGGUGUCCCUGCAGGUUUUAGAUCUCACCUUGGGUCAGCACACCUGAAUCACAUGAUGAGUUCGUUACCAGGCCUCUGGAGAACUUCAGGACACGUUGAGGAGCUAAUUUAGCCAUUUAAAUCAGCUGUGUUGGUUCGAGGACACAUCUAAAAUCUGCAGGGACACCGGCCCUCGUGGACUGAGAUUGCCCACCCCUGGUCUAGAAGGAUAUAUCCUUUGUUUGGGAUGGUCCUCGGCUCUCACUGCUCUGUGCGAGUAGUAGUCGGUGUGAAGGUGGUGGCUUUACAGGCUGAGAUUGAGCUUACGCUCAACAGAGCUUCCAUUUCUAAUGCUAAAGUAUUUUUUAUACUUCUACAGUUAUGUUUAACUUAUCAGAAUCUGGAGUGUGACUGUGGUUUCUCACGCAGGGCUUUUAACUGCUCAAGUCACCUAUGGGAGUGUCUGACCUCAGCAGACAUUGCUAUGUGCUGCUGUCAUGGUACUCUCAUUGAUCUAUUUUAUAGCUAAGUCACACUUGAUGAUACUUGUAAGCCGUGUUUAGUGACUUAUUUGGCUUUCUCUACAUAUAACAUCAGUGUGCCAUUAACUGUGGUACAGAUUGUGUUGUAUUAGAAGUCUAUAUAAUAAUAAAAGCUAUAAUUGUGUGAAAUGACUUGUGAACUGAAUUAAUAAAGGACAACUUCACUUGCGCUC